AUGAACUUAAAUACCAUGUACACAGAUUUACUAGAAUCAAUAGUAAACAAGCAACUUCGAGACAUACUGUCAAGUCCAUGCGAAUACCAAUCAGCAUUGGCAUCUGUGGCCAAAACAUCAAGGUUGUUUAAUCAACUUGCCAAUGCAAGGCUUUAUCGUGAAAUUGUUGUGUUUGACGACGAUAAUGAGUCCAUUGUGGAGAAUGACGACCGCACUUAUAUACACAUUAGCCAAUUCAACAAGUUUGUUGACUCAUUAACGAUUCAUAAUUUUAUCAAAAUACGGUCAAUACAAUUGCAUUGUAAAUCCAAUUUCAGCAAGUAUGACUAUUCAGCCUUGUAUGAAAAAUUUGGCGCUUUUUGGUCAUUUACUAAACACAACAUUGAAUUUAUUAAUUUUGACAUUGACAACAUACGGAGAAACCAAACAAUACUUCAAUUUUUGGCAAAGGACAGCUAUGAAAUAAUAGAAGAGAACGAUGAGGUUGAAUCACGUGGUGGUUCAAAGCAAUCAAAGAUUUGGAACUUGACAAACUGGUCAAUAUUGGGUGCUCAGGAGUUGAAUUCAUUGCCACUUUGGAGUCCCAAUUUGAAAACAUUGGAUUUCUUUAUUGAAACGAUUAUCGGUGAUGUUCAAUUCCCCACACAAAGAGUAAAGAUGCCCAAUUUGGAACAGUUGAACUUGAAUACAACUUUAUCAACUCAAUGCUUUUUGUCAUUGAACCCUGAAGUACCCAACUUGCAAAAAGUAUCUAUAUCUUACUCCCACUCCUUCAACAAACCAGCUAUAAACUUCAAUGAUUACCAAAUGAUAGAUUUUGACAAGCUUACCCAUUUGGAGUUGAAGCUUAAUUGUUUGCACUCGGAUUGCUCAUGUGUUAAUGAAUUUUAUCAUCAAUUAUCUCAAAACAGUCAUUAUUUCACAAAAUUGAGAAAUCUUACUAUAGUCAACCACAACUCAAAGAACCACCUGAGCAAUUUGGACCAAUAUGCAUUCUUAUUGUCCAACCAAUUGGGCAACUUGUUUAGCAAAUUUACCAGUCUCGAGUAUAUUUACAUCAGAGUCAAUGAGUUUGUCAAGAGCGAUAGAAGUAAAAUCGAUUGGGUCAAGUUCAACAAGGCUAUAUCAAUGUUGCCACACUUGCGCAGUUUAAUUAUUGCUGAUUUCUUUAAUUGGUGGGCACCAUCGAUUCAAUUAACAAGGAAUAUGAUGGUCAACACCUGCAACUGUCAAGAAUGUCAUGGAGUCAAGUCGUUGUUUCAACAAAUGGCUGCAUAUGAUGAAGAAAAUCAUUACACUCACAAUUUCGACAAGUUUGCCUUUGAUUCUACACAAGAGACGUCAAACCACAUUGAUUUGGUAAAGAAGGGCAACUCCAAGUUUAUGUCGCAUUUGGUCAAUCAUUACAAAUCACAAUUUCAUCAACUGAUUAUAUAUUCAAUGUCAGCAUCGUAUUUUAGAGAGCACGAUGAUGAAAAACUUGCACCAUUCAAAACUUUAUUCAAGCAUGGUCAAUUGAAACAUUUGGCAGGUUCGUUGAAAGUUCACAAUCCAACAUUAAAGGUCAAUCUUGGAGGUAUUGUCAUAUAA